AUGCCGGUUCACUCCCGGGAGAAGAAAGAAAGUAACCACGAAGAAAUGGUGGCUUUUCCAGAGCAAGACGGUAGCACCACUGACGAGGAAGACACGGUUAGCACGUCGGUGUCUGAAGAUGGAGACAGCUCGGAGAUGGAUGAUGAGGACUGCGAGAGGAGAAGGAUGGAGUGCCUGGAUGAGAUGACCACUCUGGAGAAACAUUUUUCCGACUUGAAGGAGCAACUGUAUAAGGAGCGCCUGAGCCAAGUAGAUGUCAAACUGCAGGAAGUAAUGGCAGGUUGUGCUCAGGAAUAUCUGGAACCUUUGGCAAACCUGCAGGAGAACAUGCAGAUCAGAACUAAAGUGGCAGGUAUCUAUAAAGAUUUGUGCUUGGAGUCUGUAAAUAACAAGUACAACUGUGAAAUCCAGGCUGCCUGCCAGCAUUGGGAGAGUGAGAAGCUGCUGCUGUUUGACACUGUGCAGAGCGAACUUGAGGAGAAGAUAAGACGAUUGGAGGAAGAUAGGCACAGUAUUGACAUCACUUCGGAGUUGUGGAAUGAUGGAUUGCAUUCCCGGAAAAAUAAGAAGAAAGAUACGUUCUGCCCCAUCAAAAAGAAGAAGCCUGUUGUCGUUUCAGGACCUUAUAUUGUUUACAUGCUUCAAGAUCUGGAUAUUCUAGAAGACUGGACUGCAAUAAGAAAGGCCAUGGCGUCUCUUGGGCCGCAUAGGGUCAAGGCUGAUGCCAAAACAGAACGACACCACCAUGUAGCACAUUCUGAAGACGGAAGACUUUUCUAUGACAACCAGUGGUACUGCAGGGGUCAGGCUAUUUGCAUCAACAGGAAAGAUGAGUUUCCUACCAGUGCCCUCAUCACUACCAUCAACAAUGAUGAGGUGUGGUUCAAGCGACUGGAUGGCACCAAGUCCAAGCUGUACAUCUCCCAGCUGCAGAAAGGCAAAUACACUAUCAAACACUCGUGA